AUGCUUAUUUCUCAUUCAGAUUACAAGAAGUGAACAUGGGUAGAAACUAUUAGGCAUGGGGUGGGCUUCUAUUUAAAUUUAGUUUGUCAAAUUGGAUUCAGGCUUUUUGCCUUCGGUAGCCAAAUCGGCUCCAACAUUUGAACAUUUUGUGCCUGUCUAGUAUUUGGUUUUCUGUUUCACCUGACUUAAUGAUUGUGUACAUGGAUCACUAGAAGUAUCUAUAGCCGAAAAUAAAAAACGAAUAGGAUAGAAGAUAACAGAUUGAGAGGCUGAUCAAGAUUAAAGAAGUAAAACAAAAAGAUUUGAUAAGUGAUAUUGCAUAUAAGAGAAAAGAAUGGAAACAAAAGUGAAAGGUUGAAUUAAUGCUGCUUAAACUGUGGCAGCUGAUGUUCUGCUAAACCUCUCAAGAAAGUUUCAUAAUCUCAUCAACCCCUUGCUAAUUGAUUCUGUUCUGUUUCUAUUUCAAUCGAGAUUGCAGGUGAUCCUUAUCCUGAAUACGAACUUACUCUAUAGAGUUCGGAUCUAAGGGGAAGUAUUUUCACAUGGCAUCCCCCAUGAAACUACAUGGUUUUAGCUUCUUGUCAAUUUUCUUGCUUGUCUAAUUUAGGACUGUCGUUGCGGAACAUUGCUUGGCUUGUCUAAUUUUGUUCAUGUGACCUUCCAGUUCAUUCACGUCUUUUCUCCGACUGAAACGUUUUCCAGAUUCAUGACCAUUCUCAAGCAUUAACAUUCUCUUUGUCAAAAAAUUUCGAAACCUUUUGCUGUAACAGUAGAGAAAACUGUCUGAUCGGAGGAUGCUUUAGCGAUGAUUACUGAUUACAUGACAGGUCUUGCAACAAUAAAAUGUCCGUUUUCUGCACAGCAUCCUCCAUUUACAACCAGAAAGGGUAGUAAAAAAAGUCUCUUCUUGUUCUUCUAUUUUCAUAUUGGAGAUGGGUUCCGAGGUCUCGAAACAGGUAGAACGGAGAAAGGCGAUCGCGGCGGAGAAAAAAACACUCUGUGAUCUUCACCAGAGCUGUGGUGAAGAGUUUCCAUCAUGUGCCUACAAGCCUUCAGACAGAAAAAAUUGGAUGGCUGGGGUCAACCCUGAGAAACUUCACAUAAACAAGAUCGUAUGGCCGGGAACUCACGACUCUGCAACCAACAAGAUUGGAGUUCCAUGCAUCACUAGGCCUUUUGCUCAAUGCCAAAAUCUCUCCAUCUACCAGCAGCUCGAGAAAGGCAAUAGAGUUCUCGAUAUUCGAAUCCAGGAGGACCGAAAAGUCUGCCACGGAAUCCUCCUCACUUACAACAUUGAUGUUGUGAUCAACGACGUCAAGAAGUUUUUAUCGGAAACGCAGUAUGAGAUCAUAAUACUCGAAAUCCGAACUGAAUUUGGACAUGAAGAUCCACCUGAGUUUGAUAAGUACUUGGUUGAUCAGCUCGGCGAGUUUUUAGUCCCCCAGGACGAUCAUGUUUUCGACAAGACUAUUUCAGAACUGCUGCCGAAGAGAGUGAUAUGCGUGUGGAAGCCGAGGAAGUCACCUCAGCCAAAGGCAGGGAGUCCUCUGUGGAAUGCAGGGCAUUUGAAGGACGACUGGAUUGACACGGAUUUGCCAUCCACCAAAUUCGAGAGCAACCUGAAGAAUUUGAGUAAUCAGCCGCCGGCUUCAUCAAGGAAGUUCUUUUACAGGGUGGAGAACACGGUCACGCCUCAGGCUGAUAACCCGGUUUUGUGUGUUAAGCCUGUGACCGGAAGGAUUCAUGGAUUCGCGAGGCUGUUUAUAACUCAGUGCUUCUCUAGAGGUAUUGCAGAUAGAUUGCAGAUCUUUUCUACAGAUUUUAUAGACGAGGAUUUCGUGGAUGCUUGCGUUGCGGUUACAUAUGCAAGAGUUGAAGGGAAAGCAUGAAGUUUCCAUGUCUGUGCAGUCUUGUUCUUGUUUUCGUGUUGAUAAAUCUUCCUUCCCACCGUGUAAUUCAAUCCUUUCUACUACUUGUUACCAUUUUCUGCAUCCAAAGAGCUUGCAUUGUUAUUCUUAAGGGAUAGCGAGGAUGUCAAGGUUGCGUUGUUCCGAACGUAUCACGUGUAAUUCAAUCCUUUUAUUUAUGUGUUUGUAAUGUAAUAUAUGAAGGGAGUAAAGAAGAUGUAGUGAUCUCACAUUCUUCAUUCUUGUUGGAGAAGAAACCUUUUUUUGUGAAUAAAAGUUGAUAUUUCUCUAA